AUGAAUCUUGAGGAAGUUGAUCGUUAUUACCACAAGGCAAUGGAGACGUUCAAAGAAGAACUUGACAAAAUCAAGAUAUCAGAUAUAAGAACAUUAAAGGCUGUGGUCUCUACAUAUGACAGUGUUCUUAGUCAGCUUGGUUCUUGGUCCGAAAGUAUCGACACGUGUAAAAACAAAAAUCAGGACAAUGAACUCGCCAUCUUGGUGCUGCGGUCCAUAAGAGAUGCAGAAACGAUCAAAGAUAAUAUACAAAGGUUAUGUACCGACGUCAGUUUUGUCAGAUAUGGUUUCGUGCCAGAUAAAACAUCACUGCUUCGUCUAGUCAAAGCGCCCUUUCUUGUUCGGACGAUUACUAUCAAGCAUGAAAGUGACGAAAACACAUUUCAAAUCACAGACAUUGCGUUGUUACGAAAUAACCUCGUCAUAUUAGCGGACUACAGCGAUUCAAAACUAAAGAUAUUCGAUACUGACAAUUCUACUCUUGUUUCAAAUGCUAAAUUACAAUAUUCGCCAUGGCAGAUGUCAGUUACAGAGCACGGUGAAGCAUACGUGACACUUUACGGCCAACCUAGAAUACUCCACCUGAAGUCUCCCGCGAAAGACCUCACCACUUUUCGGGAGAUAAACGUAGACGGCAAAUUUUUUGCCGUAGAAUGUUUCAACAAAACUUUGAAAGUUCAGUGUUUGUCUCCUGCCAAAACUAUAGAAGUAGAUGAAGAUGGAAAACAAAUCAGGGUUAUCAAUAAUGACUUAAGUAAGGAAACCACAGAGAAUGGAGAACAGUUUAUCACUAAUCCACGUUGGUCAACACAAGAUCCCGCAACUGGUUCCAUGUACGUAUCAUGUAAUAGCAAACAUUCAAUAACAGAAAUAACAAGUAACGGCAAUGUUAAGUUACUUGUGAAGUCAGAUAAGCUUAAUAAUCCUUAUGGCCUGUGCAUGGACACUGAUGGUUCAAUCAUCGUGUGUAGCUACAAUAGCAAGGACGUGUUUAGGGUGAAGAGAAAUGGAGACAUCCAGAGUGUUUUACCACAACCUCUGGACUUUAACCCUAUGGCAGUUGCUCUUGAUAAACGUACAAAGCGUUUGUUUAUCGGUGGAAAUAAAGAUAGACUUUUUGAGUUCCAAAUCUAA